AUGCACCCUACCAUUACUCUCCAAAACACUGCUCGGGCUUCUCGUAUCCGGGCUCUUGGUCAGCAUUUUGUCACCCUCUCGGUUGGCCACCAGCCUCGAUCCAUCUCUAUGUCGUCCGCAAGCAGCUCUUAUGACUCUUUUGCCGCCUAUCGCACUAGGGCCUAUCAGCAUGGCCCACUUCACCAGGCGUCCCUUAUGCGCCGCUUCGUGAAUUCGGGCUCUGGUACCUCUCGGAAGCCCAUCAACCCCAGCCGAGAAUACAUCGACCGCGUGGAUUUCUCCUCACAGACCCACCACCUUCCAUACACAGAAGCGGAAAUUGACGCUAUCGAGUCUGGCAGUGCCACCCUCCUCUCUUAA